GCGAUUCGAGACGAGGUCUUCCACCAGGAGCAGCUUCGACGAUUUGGCAUGGUCGAAGAGACUGAUCAGGACACUGACGGCGCUGAUGCCGAGAAACGCCUGGAUGGGAGCAUCGGCGACUCUCGUGGCAGAGAAGACGACGAGAUUGAGCUUCAGGGACUUUCACGCAAUGAUACGAAGAAACGAGGACACAACCCUGUCAAGGGCGUUCGCAACUUGGCGGUCAAGGGAGGCCAAGGUCUUCGCAAUGCUGCCACGUGGAAGAAAGUGGAAGCGCCUUCGGCCGUGAGAAAUGCGGCGUACUAUCGCAGACAUCAACGUCAGAAAGAUCUGGAGGCUCAGCGUGCCAUAGGAGAAGCGCUGUACGGGGGCGUCGCCGACGAGAUUGAGGAUUUGAUGCCUGAAGAGAGGAAUGCACUGGUGCAGGAAUCUUUUAAGCAUACGGCACUUCGAGCCCGCAUGCCGACUGUCUGGAUUCCUCGCGAUGACCUGGGCGUCAGCGACGACGAGAUUCGGUUGACGAGAGAGUACACCGAAAACAUCCACAUCAGCAACGAGGGAACCGCACUGGAUAGUAAGGUCCGGGUCGUAUACGGGCGGAAUCCUCCUGACUUCUCUGAGGUUGAUCUGAUUGACCUCUAAGCGGGAAAUUGCAAUUUCUUACUUCAUGACACGACGACGAGUUUGGCCUUUUCGGCAUUUCGCGUUACAGACGGACCAAGCCAUGCUUGACAGGGCACCACAGGCCGUUUGAGCAUACUUAUACCCCGGCGCAUGGGGUGUUUCAUAGCAUACAUAG